CACAAGCACUGAAAAUGUAACAAAGGAAAAAUAAAAGGAAAAAGAAGAUCAACGAUAAAAACAAAAAAAGAGGAGUAGAAGGAUCAAAGAGUAUAAAUUAUUACAGUUUAUUUUUUUUAGAUUUUUUUGUGUUUAUUAUUUUUCUCUACAAUUUUGUGAUGAUUCCCUGCUUUUUAAUAUAUGUUCUGCUCUGGAUUUCAUUCUCUAUUCGUCUGUCUUACACAGUCUCACACACACUGCAGUACAUUCACACUGCAGUCACACCAGGAAUAAAUUUACCAGAAUACACUGAUGUUGGUCUGGUUGAUGGAGAGCCAUUUGUGUACUAUGACAGUAACAUAAUGAAAUACAUCCCAAAAACUGAGUGGAUAAAGAGGAUCACUGAUGAUGAUCCAGACUACUGGAGCAGUGGGACACAGAUUCAGAAUUAUGCACAGAAGAUCUACAAAGAUGAUGUGAUUACACUAAUGAUGCGCUUUAAUCUGACUGAAGGGGUUCACAUACUACAGAGAAUAUAUGGAUGUGAGCUCCAUGAUGAUGGGACUGUUAAAGGUUAUGAGCAGUUAGCUUAUGAUGGAGAAGAUUUCAUCAGUCUGGAUCUGGAACAUGUCACCUGGACUGCAGUUAAACCUCAGGCUCUUAUCACCAAAAACAAACUGAAUACUGAAGGAGCUGCUCCUUUUGAAAAAUUCUAUCUGGAGAACAUCUGUAUUAAGUGGUUACAGAAGUAUGUGACCUACUGCAGAGAGACUCUGGAGAGGAAAGAUCGUCCUGAGGUAUCCGUCUUCCACAAACACUCGUCUCCAGAUGUGGUGUGUCACACUACAGGUUUCUACCCUGAAGAAGUAACGAUCACCUGGCAGAGGGAUGGAGAGGUAAUGUAUGAGAAUGUGGAGCUCAGAGAGACGUUACCAAACCAGGAUGGAAGCUUCCAGAAGAGAAGCAUACUGAGAGUCUCACCUGAGGAUCUGCAGAAACACAACUACACCUGUGUGGUUCAGCACAGCAGCCUGGACAAGGAGAUAGUGAAGAUCUUCCUGAGAGAUGGAGGAUCUGCUGCACUGCAUAUUGGUUUUCCUGCUGCAGUCUUGGUUUUUGUUGCUUUUGUUGGAUUUCUCAUCUGGAAGAAAAAGUCUGACUUCAAACAAGUUCCACAAAACAUGAGCCCCUCUGAAGAAAAACCACAACAAGACUGACUAUCUUCUGAACUGAGAGAGAGUCCAGACAACAUAGUGAACUCUACAAGGCUACGAGUAAUGUAUACAUAUACACCAAUCUGCCCAUGUUACUCUCUGUGUUUCUUCUCAGUAGAUAAAACAAAGCUUGUCUCCGCAACUUUUACAUUUAUAUAUAAAACUCACAGAACCACCCAGAUGAUUAAAAAUUAUAACAAUGGAAGAUUGAAAGCUGCUGAAAAUGAAUUCAUUCAUUCAUUCAUUUUCUACCGCUUAUCCGAACUACCUCGGGUCACAGGGAGCCUGUGCCUAUCUCAGGCGUCAUCGGGCAUCAAGGCAGGAUACACCCUGGACAGAGUGCCAACCCAUCGCAGGGCACACACACACUCUCAUUCACUCACACAAUCACACACUACGGACAAUUUUCCAGAGAUGCCAAUCGACUUACCAUGCAUGUCUUUGGACCGGGGGAGGAAACCGGAGUACCCGGAGGAAACCCCCGAGGCACGGGGAGAACAUGCAAACUCCACACACACAAGGUGGAGGCAGGAAUCGAACCCCCAACCCUGGAGGUGUGAAGCGAACGUGCUAACCACUAAGCCACCGUGCCCCCCUGAAUAUGAAUUAAUAAUCAGAAUUUUUAAACUGAAUUGGAUAAAAACCUAUUCAGCACAGUCUAAUUUAAAAUGUUUCCAAAAACCAAAAUGUUUAUUCCAAAAAAAUCUUGAGAUUUUGUUUUGGAAUUUAAUUUUUAAGAUUUCUAAAUUGCCUAUUAAACUGUCAGAUUUUUAUAAACUUAUAUUACAUUACUGGAAAAUGAUAUUUACUUAUAAUUACACACCGCAUAUCUCUACAUUGUGGAAUAAUAUAAUUAUUACAAUAAUCAAAGUCUAUUUUUGUAGUAUUAUUUAUUGUAAAAAAGAAAAAAAAUCAAUAAAAACAAAGUUUUAUCUUGA